GUCUUCAUGGUGCGGCUUCAUUACUACAUUUUGUAGGAUGAAGAAUGUGGAGAUUUCUAAUUUGCCACUGCUUUUUGUGUUUGUGCAAACCUGCUUAGCUCAGGCAGACUUUGCUCCCUAUUUCUACGACAAUGACCCAUCCAGCAAAAAUGGGAAUCUGGCCCUGUUCAGCCUCUCUGAGGAUACCCCUGUUGGUACACAAAUCUAUCAACUUAACGGCACAGACCCUGAAGGCCAGGAGGUGAGGUAUGGUCUUUCCUUUGACCCAGGGUCAAAGGAGUACUUCAGAGUAGACCCAAAGUCAGGAAAUAUUACAUUAGUGGAAACAAUGGAUAGAGAGAAACAAGACUCAGUUGAUGUUAACAUCAGCAUCACAGAUGGAAGAAGCAAGGUUGUUGAACGAGUCACAAUAUUUGUGACGGAUGCAAAUGAUGAAAAGCCUGAAUUCCAAAACAUGCCUGCAAUCAUAGAUGUGUUGGAAACAACUGAAUCUGGUAGAAGUAUCUAUAAAGUGGAGGCUGUGGACAGAGACACGGGGUCUGGAGGCUCAGUUACCUACCAUCUCCAGUCACCACACUCCAGUUUGUUUGCGAUUGACAUAAACAGUGGAGUCCUCCGUAUCAAAGCUGGACAAAUGUUGGAUUAUGAGAAAACAAAGGCACACUUUGUCACUGUCAUUGCAAAGGAUGGGGGAGGCAACUUGAAUGGCAAGGAACAAUUUAUGUCAUCCACUGCGACGCUCACUGUCAAUGUGAUUGAUGCACAAGACACUCCACCUUUUUUCAUUGGAAACCCCUACUUUGGCUACGUUUACGAAAUCUCAAUGCCGGGAUCUGAAAUAUUUACAGUUAGUGCCGAAGAUGGAGAUGUGGGAAACCCAAAUCCAGUUAGUUAUUCAUUCGAAGAGGGUGAUGACGGUGUUUUUGGCAUUAAUAAGACAAGUGGUUGCAUAUCCCUGCUGGUUGCUCCCAUUUAUCUGAAGAGAGAAAUCUUCAACAUUAAAGUCAGGGCAACAGAAAUAAGUCCAGAAGCCAAAGAUUUGGACUAUGGAGUGACCACAGUGGUGAUACGUGUGGUGGAUUUAAAUAAUAACCCCCCAACCUUUUAUGGGGAGAAUGGUCCACAGAAUAUGUUUGAGUUGACCAUGUAUGAGCAUCCACCAGAGGGAGAAAUACUCCGGGGGCUGCAAAUCACAGUUAAUGACUCUGAUAAGGGUGCAAAUGCCAAAUUUAAUCUAAGAUUGAUUGGACCAGGGCGAAUGCUGCGAGCCGUCCCCCAAACUGUACUCAAUGAGGCCCAAGUGACAAUCUUAGUGGAGGACUCUGCUGCGAUGGACUAUGAGAAGCAUCACUUUCUAACAUACAAGCUGCUCGCAGUUGAGAUUGACACUCCAGAAAGAUUCAGCGCCACAGCACACAUCGUCAUUCACCUUCUGGACACCAAUGACAACGCUCCCAAAUUUUCCUCCGACUAUUACAUCGCCAGAAUUCCCGAAAACUCACCCGGCGGCUCAAAUGUGGUGUCAGUCACGGCUUUAGACCCAGACUCAGGAUCCUGGGGCGAAGUCAAAUACUCUAUCUACGGAUCGGGGGCUGACAUGUUUCUGAUCCAGCCUACAUCAGGGAUCAUUUACACCCAGCCCUGGGCGAGUCUGGAUGCUGAGGUGAGAUCUAAGUAUAACUUCUAUGUGAAGGCAGAGGAUGCUGAGGGAAAGUACAGCCUGGCUGAAGUUUUUGUGACUGUGUUGGAUCUGAAUGACCAUCCACCUGCUUUCAACAAUAACUUCCUGGAGAAGACCAUGGUGAUUGGAGCCCCAGUGAAAAUAGAGGCUGUGGACGACGACGCAGAAGUACCCAACAAUGUUAUCGAGUACGCCAUCAUGAAGGCCGAGCCAGACAACAACAUCUUUGACAUAAAUGCUGACACAGGAGAAAUCAAGUUAAAGUCCUACAUCAAGUCAAUGGCUAUCAUUCAGAAUAUUACCAAGAAGAGAGAUUGCAGUUGGUCCCUGGUAGUCCAGGCUCGUGACCGGGGUCAGCCAUCCUUCAGCACCACUGCAGUUGUCAAGAUUGACAUCACUGAAGCUACUCAACUGAAAGGGGGGCCUUUGGGAUCAUUUAUAGAGCUGAAUAGAAACAACUCAUUACAAAUCAUAGGUAUGCUCGUUGGUAUCAUUAGCCUUGUGGUCUUAGUCACAGUCAUCGUCUCCACCGCCACAUUCCUGCGCAACAAAAAGUCCAAUCGGGUCCUGCCCACCCGCAGAGUACGGAGAAGGCCGCCGAAACAACCAUUCUGGAACUUCAAAAACCCAUUUAAGUCAUCAGAGACUCCAAGAGAGGAUUUCACAGUUCAAGAGGAACAGCAAGAACCAGAGGAGAUUGUGAACAAUGUCAACUACAACAACAAUUUCAGUACUGUGGUAAGACACUGGCCUCCACCACCCUGUGCACCUUCUUUACCUCCUCCGCCGCCCACCUAUGUACCAGGAGAACGACACUGGACCGUACCCACAGUCUCUGCAGUUGUGGUCCCCAAACCCAAACAGAGGCCGACGAUAGACAGAAGGGACACUGUAAACAAAGCAUUAGUUUCAGAACUGAAGAUGAGACUGGAGCAGAAGAAGAUGGCAUCACUUUAUAACACGUAAAAGAGAUUGUUAAGAUUUUGUAAAGUGAGGUUCAUUAUUGGUAAUAGUUCCUCUACCUGCCAGAAACAGAUGUCAUAUAGGAAAGUUUGAAGAACUCAGAAGGGAGCCU